AGGAGUGGGCGUGUCUGCAGGGCUAAACAGCCAAUCGGUAAUCGAGUAGGUCCUUGGAAGCCGCUCGGAGGCGGGGCGGCGUUCAGGGGCUGUGGUAACAGAGCUGAUCUACGGAAGAAGGAAAAAAAAAAAAAAAAAGGAGGGUGUAAAGGACAGAUGUAUGGGGACUGCACCGUGAUCGGUAUUGCAGGUACGGUCGCCGCACACUCAGGUUACCGGGUUGGAGUCGACCUCUCUCCCGUACCCCGCGUCCUCUCACCCCCCCUUCCCACACCAUGUCUGGCGGAGGAGAUGUUGGGUUCGUCCGCAAAGACACCGGGCAAGAGAGCCCGAGGAUGCCGGCCUGGAAGCGUGAGAUCCUGGAGAGGAGAAGGGCGAAGAGCGGCGCUUCCGCCGGUGCCGCGGAGGACGCCGGAGGCGCGAGUCCCAACCGCGUCAACGGGGAGCAAACGUUGAACGGCGGCGGACCUAACCGGGCGAGAAACAAAGAAGCCAGACCGGCUGCCGCAGAGGCGACGUCGCGGAGUCCCGACCAGGAGAGCUUGGUGCUCCAUGAGAGCCUCGGCCCGCUGGAGGAGAACCCGUUUAUCAAGCUGGAGAAGGAGCGAAGAAGGCGGCAGGUCCGGGAAAACGCCGCCCGUCCCAUCCAGCACAUCUUAGAACUGUACGGUAACGUCCCCGGCAUUCGGACUAUCAGAGCUGACAACAUCAUCAUCAUUGAGUCGGAUCCGGACUACAAUCCUGGCAGCGAGGAUGUAAAAAGUCCCAUUUGGCAGCAAAACUGUUACUGCUCAAUGAACGACCUCCUGGAUCGAAGAUGUAACGCUGUAACCGAGAUAAGAGCCAAGGAAGUUGUUAUUUACGACACCACGUUGAGCAAGAGCGAGGAGAACCUGAGUACCCUGGGUCGCACCAACCACAAGGACCCUUCGUCCCAUGACUCGGGCGAGGGUCAAGGGAUGGUGAGUCGCAUCCUGCAGAAGUUUGACAGCAAUUACGGGAACCUGCAGAAGAAAUCUCACAGCACGGAGAACCUGCUGGACCUGGAUGGAAGUGUCGGCAGAAGACCGAGAAGCUGGACCAAGCCACCGCUGGAUCUAGUGCCAAAGCGUAGAGAGGAGCAGCCCGGUCCUGUGGGAAGCAGGCAGGCAUCGUCGCCUGUCUCUCAGAGUUCAUGGUCUCCCAAACCGAAAGCUAACUUUCCAGGAUUUGAGCCAAGCGGCCAUCAGAGUCCCGCCGAAGCCUCCAAGUCCGUCACCUCCUUCCGCCAACGCCUUGGAGAUGGUGACGGUCAUGUCGCUUUUUCCAGAGAUGAACCGGAUACGAUCGAUUCAGUCGUGUCCCUCGACCCCAAGGUGCCGUCGUCCACGCUGACCUCUGACAUUUCAUCUAAGGUGCUGCAUGAUUUACCGGAUUUUGAGAUCCGUGCCUCCCCUAAGCCGGACCUCUCUCAGAUCCCUGACGGGGAUACACAAGCUCGGGCUCUGGCGAACCUGCGACUGCGGUCCAAAAACUCCUUCACUGUGAUUCCCAAGCGACGUCUAGCGGCCUCGCCCGAGACCAACCAGACGGCGCCGGCCACACCGGCCAGCCCAGCAGAAAUGUCGCCUUCUCACCAGGUGUUGGAGCAGUCACCAUCAGGAGUGCCAUCUUCUUACAUAUCUACACCUGCUAUGAUGCUCCAAAAACUGAAAGAGGUGAAAACGGAGGUGGUGAGGCCACACAGGCCCCAAGUGCUCCCCCCUGAUGCCACAAGUCCGGCACCACCUCCGAACUCCUCAUAUCCUACCACUCUACUGAGACCUUCUUCCCCUCCUUCUUCUUCAGUCCUCCCACCUUUCUCCCCACACGCCGUGCCCCCAGAUCCCUUGCCAACUGAAACCCCUUACCCCACAGAUCAUCUCCCGGUAACAAACAUCGAUGACAUCGAGGUGGGAAGUCACCCGCAUCGUGACCCGGCUCAGAGCCCCAUGGCGCAGAGGAGAAAGGGGAACACGUUCACUGUGGUGCCUAAACGAAGGGAGGCUGAAGCUCAGCCGAGUACACCCGAGCCUCCGCAGGAAACCUCGACGGACGACUUACCAGCGUCCACGCCCCCUCAGGCGCCUUACAGUCAGCUGGGCACCCAGUUAAAGAAACGCUACCCUGCUGUGGAGGAGAUCCAGGUCAUCGGCGGGUACCUUUCUCUCAGCAAAUCCUGCCUCUCCAAGACGGGUACGCUGGGCAAGAAGCUCAAGAUCUCCUUCAACGACUCCAGUCUUCACAGCACGUACGAGUACCCGUCGGAGAGCAGCGUUUGGGACAGCGGGGAGAACGACGACGCUGACAAAAGCGAGGAAAAGGUGGCCGAUGAACCGCACACCAUGGUCGGACGUAUUCACAUCCCCCAGCCAUCUUUCACAAGCUCGCCCACGCACGCCAACAGUAACGACCUCGCCAACUACAUUCCCAAGCACUCGAUGGAUUUCAGCGUGUGGCAGAAAUACAAAGAGGAGGACAGCGUGAACAAGGAGGAGGUCCAGCAGACAUCGAUGACAGAGGAGGUCAUGCUGACGCCGGCGGACAGUUCGUCUCUGUCGGACUACAGCAGUGAGCCCGCCCUCUACUUCUGAUCACUCUGAUUGGCCCGGACAGCGACACCUUGGCCCACAGGACCACCUCGAAAUGGACUGUCACACCUGGAAGUGAACCACUUCUUAGAAAGACACAUUACCUGACACCUUCAGGGAACACACGCCAUGGUAGCGCCGCCACUCGCCACGUAUUAGAACUCCUCCAGGGGAUCUUCUUGUCAAAAACAGCUGGACUGUUUUUUCGCCCCCCCAAAACAUCUUGGGCAGUUGAUCUGUCGAAGCAUGGACAACAAUCAAAUCGAUCCGAAAGUUUUUUUUUUCUUUUUGUUUUUUUGGCCCAAUAACCUGCCAAUGUCCGAGUGGACAUGAAGACACAAUGACAGCGUCAGCAUGGAAAUGUUAGCAUCGGCUACAAAAACACAACAACAACAAAACCAUAGGGUGUGUCUCAAUUGCAAUACUUCCUUCAGUACACUUCAAUAAGUGCCCUGUGUACUUACUCGCUGUUUCAAAUUGAUUAAGGCUGCAAUGAAUAAUGAAUAAAAAAUAAAUUAAAAAGCUGCUUUGAUUAAUCAUUAACUUAGCAUAACUAAUGAAAAUUAAUCUGCUUGGGAGUGCAAGGAACUUUAAAUAUUUGGACAUAGUUUUACUGCAGUCGAGAGAACAUGAGAGCGGUGGUGCAUGUGUGUGUGCUUUUAUUACAAAUUUGCACACGUUAAAAGUGCAAUUUCAAUGUUAAUGUGUAUUCAUUAUAAAACAAGGCAAGACGAAAACAUGUUAUUUAAACUUUUUUUCCGGGGCAGCAAAGUGCGUUUUAUUCAAUUACUUGAUUAAUUGAACAUUUUAAUCAAUAGCGACUGCCCUGAAAUCAAAAACUCAUCGCAAUAUUUGUUCUCCCCUUUUUCUAAUGAUAAAAUGUCACCACUCAAAUUAGUUCCUCUCCAAAAUUCCGACUAUUGAAGGUGAUGAGUUCAUUGCACACUGACUAUUUUUCAUUGAAUCGAGUGCAACAUCCUGGUACUUAGAGCGCACUACAAUUGGCCUCCUCGCUUGAGUGCACUUAAAAAAAUAUAGUGUACAUACAGAAGUACGCCACAUUGAGACACAGCCUUUGUACUUGCAGGUUCUUGCUUACAGAAGUACAAAAAAAAAAGAUGUCAAAAGUUGUUUGUUGUGAAGUUGAACCAGCAGCUUUGAACGCUAACGCUAACUGAACGUUAGCUUUUUUUGCAUCUUUUCAUGACAAACCGUCGGUUUUCAAAGUAUUUGCAACGUUUCACCCACUCGAUGCCAUUUGGAAUAAAAUGUAUAAAUGCAUGAUAAAAAAAAAAUACUUCUUAUUAAUGAACAAAUAUUUAAACUAGGGGUGUCCCGAUACAACCGUAUAUGGAGCCUUGAAAGUAUUCACCGAUACCGAUAGAAAUCUGAUACGAUAUCAGCAAGAAUCUUUUAUUUUUUUGUCCUGUUGAAUGUUGGAAAAACAUUUGAUCAAGUGAAAUGAGUCAAACACAGAACAAUAGCAGGUAUGAAAAACACUAACCUAUUUAUUAUUAACCGACUAAAAAGGACUUACUCUAUGUUGUCUUUAAGUUGAAGUGGAGUGGGCACAAUAAUUCAUUAGGUUAACAACAUGACUUACUACGUCGAAUUAUGCGGACACAUUUGUUACUUGAUACUUCCCACUACACUCCUGAAUUGGAUACUUUGUACAUGUAAGAAAUAUGCAAAUAUAAUUGUUUAUAUCGACAAAUGUGCUGUUUUAGACCUGCAAUGUUGUUCAAUUAGGGACACUUAUUGCGACUAUCUAGCUUGUGUGCUAUUGUUUGCUGAGCUGUUGUGUAGCUGCCAGCUCCUAGUAGCCUGUAACCUACCAUGUUUACCUUUUGGUGAAUGACUUGACGGGAAAACACAAGAAAAGAGCAACCUUUUGUGCUUAUUGGCGGACGUUUAGACGUUACCUUGGCUGUCCGGCUUUGCACAAAUGGGACGGCUUGUAUCGGAGUUUACAUCACACAUUUUACAUGCAUGAUUGAUUGAUUGAUUGAUUGAAACUUUUGUUAGUAGAUUGCACAGUACAGUACAUAUUCCUGUCCAAUUGACCACUAAAUGUUAACAUCCGAAUAAGUUUUUCAACUUGUUUAAGUCGGGGUCCACGUUAAUCAGUUCAUGGUGCAAGAACAUAUGAUUCUGAUACUUGUUUUUUUUUGGGAUGAUAUUAGAUAGAUAUCAACGUCAGGUUGGGACACCCCUUUCUUAAAACAAUUGUGAACAUAUGAAAAAUAGCAUUUUUUUUGUCUGUUUUUGCAUUCCUAAAAUUACACUUCUAAAUUUUUUUUAGAUUUUUCCUCUUUCUCCCAAAUAGACUUAACAUUUAUUUUCUUGAAGAAAGAAAAUCAAAUAAAAUUCACAAUAAGUCGUGGAAUUUCACUCAAUCCUGUUAAAUCAGACCUGGGCAAAUUAAGGCCCGGGGGGGCCCAUUAAGCUUUUCAAUCUGGCCCGACGGACAUUCCCAAAUAAUGUUUUUGUAUGUUUAAGAUGUAAAGGGUAGCUGCCAUUGUGAUGUCCAGUGAUGUUUUCUAAUGACCGGAAGGUCUUUAACUAUACUAUGUCUUUCAAUGCUUGGAAUCUGCAUCAUAUACUAGUUACUAUGGUCAUCUAUUUAGUUACUAUGGUCAUUAUGAAUAUCUCAGAUUGUAGGUGGGGGUUUGUUGCAGUUUGGUUGCGUUCCGACUGAUUGUAAAAUAUGUUGUCAAUAUUCAGUGUUUUAUCAUUCAUAGUUAAUAUUAUAAAUCCCACAUUUUUAUUUUCAUGUACAUUCUGGGUGUCUCGUUCAGUAAAAAAAAAAAAUUCAAAUUCCACUCCGUUUGUUAAGGCCGUUUUUACCUUUCAAUCAUUAUUGUGAGGUUUUGUAUUAGUGUUCCUAAAAAUAGAUAUACCGGCCCCCAAAAAACUUUUUUUUUUUAAAUAUAAAUCUGGCCCCCCUGAGUAAAAUAAUUGCCCUGGCCUGUGCUACCCUAAUACACAGGUGUCGAACUCAAGGCCCCGGGGCCUAGAUCUGGCACGCCACGUCAUUUUUCAACGGCCCGUAAAAGCUUGGAAAUAAUAUGCAUCAAUAAAGUACUUAUUUCUUUUUCUAUAUUGACAGAAUAAAAAAAGACACGUACUGUAUGUAUUUAUAUAUCUUUUACACUUAUCUAUGCCAAACCUACGGCCUGCGGGUCACUACCGCCCACCAGCGUCCAAAAUUGGCCCACAGGAAGUCCAAAGUUAAAACUUUUUUUUUUGAAUUGUUGUUUUUUUUUUUUUGUUUUUUUUUUUUUUCAAAUCCGUCCUUGGUAAUCCAUUUUCUACCGCUUGUUACUCUCGGUGUCUCAUAACCACUCGGGCAA